AUGCCACACGUACGGAGUGCAAGUGCUCGCAUUAUGCGUCGGGCGCUGGCUGUUCAAAACGGAUACUGUGUGCAUUUACCUAUUCGUUUGCCUCUGGAUGGUUUGGUGCCACCUACGUGUCUCCCACCACCAGGGCUGGAGCGGGCGACUGCCGAUGUGGUUCUAGAUUAUCUCUUGUUGCGCGAUCCACCUGUUGUUAAACGCAUAUUGGAGGAGGAGGAGGAGGAGGCUGACAUUAAGACUGUUUCGGAUAAUCUUUCUUGCCGUAUGCAGGCUUCUGAAUCGCUGGUUGAUGUAGAUAUUGGAGUGCAGGCUUCUGAAUCGCUGGUUGAUGUAGAUAUUGGAGUGCAGGCUUCUGAAUCGCUGGUUGAUGUUGGAGUGCAGACGGUUGAUGUUGCGGACUUUCAUUGUGAAGUCGGCUGUCAGACAGAUAGUGUCGUUGGGAUGGAGGGAGGAGCUUCAGGAGUUCUUCUUGAGAAAUUGACUGUGGCGGCGGAGGAGGAGCUGGAGGCACCCUCGAGUGCGGAGUCUUCUCCGAACGUGCAGUCUGAUUCUGAUAGCCGCGCCUUGUCAGGAGCGUCCCAGGGGUGCCUGAAUCGUCCCGUCACGCUCAAUGAGGUAUCGAAGGAGUCGCGCCAGAGGACUCGAGGGAGAGAUCGUGACACGGUCAAGGGGACAUCGACGUGCUCUCAGGCCACCAUUGCCGAUGUCAAAGCGUGGAUUGACGCUGUUGCCAGCAUCAACGAGUUGAAUGCGAUCCAGUAUUUAAAGAACGGAAUGGAUUUGUUUGAUAAGCUGGUUGCAGAACGUGGGUUCCCUACAAAGAAGGCCCAAAAAGAUUAUGCUCGGAAACUGUAUGAGAUGCUCCAGAAUGUGCAAGCGACGCUGGAGGAUCUUCUAGGAUUCUUCGAGGUGCACAGGUUCUUGACAGGACAAAUGAACCGCGCCGAGAUGGCCAAGUUUCUUGAGGUUUCCAAGUGUAGCGAUUACCGAAUAAUAUUCUUCGGUCGCCCGAGGAGUUUCGACAAGUUGGGAUGA